GCUUUGAAAGCAUCAGGAGAAGAAGUCUCAGUUUAUAGACGUAAACACUCCGCGGUGACCUGCAGCGGCAGCGUUUCCUGUCACAUCAUGUGUCUGUGAGGGAGCCUCCUGAGGCAACAUGAAGACUCUGAGGUUUAUCCAUUCUCGGCUGCCUCUCGGCCCACGGAGCUGCCACAGAUCUGCAGCUUCCUGCAGACUUCUCCCCGCGUCUCACUGCCGAGGACACCCAUCCAUCCUGCAGUCCAGGACUCUGGCGCUCUCUGCCUCCAACCUGAAGAACAGGGAUGACUUCGGCAGCAGUUCACAUACAGAAGAGGAGGCGGAAGAAGAUGGUGACUUCCUGGAGGAGAGUGAGGUGGAGGAGCUGUUCCAGCAGCAGGUCCCUGCAGGGAUCGGACAGGGACACCACAGGGUGUUCAUCGUCCACCCGGAUGUGAAGUGGGGAAGCAGGAAGCAGUAUCUGACCACCGCUGAGCUGAUGAUGGCUGAGGCCGAGGGGCUUGUGAACACGCUGGACAACUGGGCAGUGGUGGACAAGGUCAUCCUCUCCACGAAGACACCAGAGAAGAAGAGGAUAUUUGGGAAAGGCAACUUCCAGUUUCUUACAGAGAAAAUCAGGCAAACAGUGGGAAUCACAGGUGUGUUUGUGAAUGUGGACCGCCUGUACCCUCUGUCUGAGAGGGAGUUUGAGGAAGCUUGGGGUGUAAAAGUCUUUGACAGGUACUCGAUUGUUCUCCACAUUUUCCGCUGCAACGCCAGAACCAAAGAGGCCAAGUUACAGAUCUCGCUGGCAGAGAUCCCCUUAUUAAGAUCUCGUCUAAAAAAUGAAAUGGCAGAUUUGGAUCAGCAGGGUGGAGGAUCGAGGUACAUUGGAGGUUCAGGAGAGACGCUGUACGAGGUCCAGCAGAGGCUGCUGAAAGAGCGGGAGAUGAAGAUUCGCUUCUCACUGGAGAAACUUCGUAAAAAGAGGCACCUCCUGCGAUCUCAGCGAAAACACCGGGAGUUCCCCAUCGUGUCUGUGCUGGGAUACACCAACUGUGGAAAAACCACUUUGAUCAAAGCUUUAACCGGCGACAGUUGCCUGCAGCCCAGGAACCAGCUUUUUGCAACCCUCGAUGUGACCGUCCACGCGGGCCAACUGCCCAGUCACAUGACUGUGCUGUAUGUGGACACCAUCGGCUUCUUGUCCCAACUUCCACACCAGCUCAUCGACUCCUUCUCUGCCACCCUGGAGGAUAUUACACACUCAGAUCUCUUGGUUCAUGUCAGAGACAUUAGUCAUCCAGAGACGGUGAAUCAGAAGGCGAACGUACUGAAUGUCCUUAAGAACCUACAAAUCCCGCGCAGGCUCCUGAGCUCUAUGAUUGAGGUUCACAAUAAAAUCGACCUACUUGACAAUUAUGAGAGCUCAGAGCCCGGUGCUGUGCUCAUCUCUGCCCUGCAGGAGCAAGGCCUGGAGGAGCUGAAGAACGCUGUGGAGACGGAGAUUGUAAAGUCCACAGGAAAACAAAUUUUAGAUCUGAGAGUUAACCUCAGCACUCCUCAGUUAAGCUGGUUGUACAAAGAAGCCACGGUUCAGGACGUCCAGGUGAACGCAGAUGAAGGCUCGGCUGUAGUAAAGGUCAUCAUGAGUGCCGCUGCUCAUGGACGCUACAAGAAACUGUUCGAAGGUAGAUGAGACAGGAGGGACAGCAGGAGCCAAAAAAAGACUGAACUCAGAACCACCAAGGGCUUAAGAAAAUACUGUUUUUACUCUGCAGCGAUUAAAAGAUCUGGAUUUACAAAUCUAAA